AUGUCCCAGCUCCCGCUCCUCCCCUUCACCCUCGUGAACGCGUUCGCGCCGACGCCACAUGCGGGCAACCCAGCGUCGGUCGUGCUGUUCCCCAAGAACGACCCGCGCGCCGAGGACAAUGACGACUACUUUGUCACUCUGGCGCGCGACUUCAACCUGUCCGAGACGGUCUUCCUGAGUCCUAUCCACGCGGAAGAUGUGAUCCCGCAGUACUCUAUUAGGUGGUUCACGCCCACGGUGGAAGUGCCUCUGUGCGGGCACGGUACGGCCGCAGCCGCCAACGUGCUCUUCACGCUGCACCCGCAGGCAAUCCGCGUCCACCUCCAGACGCGGGAACGCGGCCAGCUGGCCGCGACGCUCGAGGGCACGGCCAACGGCGACAAGGCCGUGCUUGUCGGCCUCGACCUGCCGAUCGCGCCCCCGCGCGAGGUCGACGCCGCCGAGCAUGCCGACAUUGCAGCUGCCGUCUGCGGCAUUGCGUGGUUUUCCCCCGAGCACAUUGUGCGCAUCGCGACGUUUGGCGACCGCAGCGUGAUUGUGCAGGUCGACGAGCGCGUGCGGAUCGGCGAGCUGGCCGUGGACGCGUCCAAGUUUCUGCCAAAGUUCCCCCACCACGUCGUCGUCACGCAGCUCCUGCCCCCGCCCGACGACACGGUGACGGGGACCGAUCCGGUCGUGCACGCCGCAUGCCGCGUGUUUGCGCCUGCCCACGGCGUCGACGAGGAUCCAGUGACCGGCGCAGUCUGGGCCGUCCUCACGGGGUACUAUCUCUCUGGCCCCGCCUCGGCCGACGCACAGGCGCUCCUCCCUCGCGGCCACCCGGUCGCUGACGCGACACUCGACGCUCACCAGUUGAGUAAGCGCGGCGGACAGCUGACGUGCACCCUCACGGGAGAGGGGCGGGCAAAGGUUGUGGGCAAGACGUGGCGGACUGGAAAGGGCUUCCUGGAGGUCUUUGACGAGGAGUAG